AUGUCAACUAUAAUUCUCAAUUGUUUGGUCAUUGGUGAAAACCCCUAUGAAAAUGCAUUCGCAGUUGAUAUUGAAAUAAACAGGUCUAUUAGCAAGUUUAAAAAUGCUAUCAAGGAGAAUCAAAAGUCUUUUUUGAUAACGUUGCGUCCAAAGAACUCAAGUUAUAGAAGAUCGACAAUUUCCCUCAAAGAAGAAAAUAAAAAAUUAAUCACUGUCAAUACAAAAAUAAAUGUUAAUAUCAAGGAUGAGCUUAGUGGUGUCGAAUUGUUUUUACUUUCAAAGAUCAGCAAACACUUUUCUUCUCGAAAGAAGUUCACUGUACUACAACAUAUGGGCUAUUUCCAGAUGGGACAAAAACAAGCAUAUUACCAGACAAGCCAGAGUGCAACGGUAGAAAGUGAUACAGUGGAAAUUGCGAUAGAGUGUAAAGUUAUUCAAUUUUCUGCUGACGAGAAUUUAUUGAGAAUUAUCUGGAUUGCUAAUCUCAAGAUUGAUUAUAACAGAUUAUCACUUUUUAAUGGAAGUGUCAAAAAUACUUCAAGAGAGAUCCGAAAUUUGGUUGUGAAAGAAUUAUUGAAAUUAUAUAAGAUAUUCCAAUACAUUACUAGUGCCAAUGAAGCCGCUCAUUGCAAUCAUGGCAAAAGACCAAUUGAUUUGGUCAUAAAAGUGAAAAAUACAAUCAUCACAGUUACUGAGGCAAAAAAAGAGAACAUCAAUCAAGGUAUUGUACAGAAUGCAGUCCAACUACAAAUAUUUAUACAGCGCAAUCCUAAAAAACAUAACUAUGAUACGGCAAGUUUAUAUGAAGAUAAUAAUAGUGAAGAGAAGGUAGAAGUGUUGUUAAGUUCUUUGUCGCACUUAUUAUCAUUACCAAUUAAUAAUUCUGUUUUAACCUAUGAGAACUUGGCAAAGCCUGUUGAAAACUUGUUUGGUCAAAUUAAGUGGGUGUUUGAUUACCAGUUAGAAUCGCAAGAAUUAUUAAAACGGGUAAAAAUAGAAGAUAAAGAAUUAAAUACCAAGCUCUUAGCUGAGAUUGCUGAGCUUAGAAAGAGAUCAAGGGCAAGAAUGUUGAGAUUUCUAGGAGGUUGCUGA